GUCUCUCUCUCUCUCUCUUUCUCUAUCUGUCACUCUCGCGCUGGCAUUCAACCUCUUGGGAUCUAAGCCUCUGAAAAUGUUCUUCCUAGAAUUUUUUUAGGGGGGGAUUCACAAGAACCUCAGCAUCAAGGGGAUCUGGAAACUAAUGAACUGUUCAUUUGAUUUGUUCUCAGUCAGUUUAACCUUGACAUUUUUGAAUGAUCUUUAGAUGUGGAGUGGUUGACCGUUGUGAGUUUACGGCAUCCAGGCACUUGGUAUCGACGUCUUUCCUCGACAUCUGGCCAAGGAACAACGGGGAUUUGGCAAAGGAUAUAAAUGCUGGUACCUUUGUGAUCCAGGAGCGCCUGAGGGACAAAAGGUUAAAACUCCACCAAUGAGCAGCCAGGCUAGCAGCCGAGAGGCAGGCCCUCCAUCUCCACGGCCCAAUCAGAGGACUCUAUUGGAUGACUUCAUAGUGACCUUUAGUUCCCCUAUGGCCUGGCUGUUGGUACUGGCUCUGAUCAUUACCUGGUCAGGAGUAGCCAUUGUUCUCUUCGAUCUGCUUGACUACAAGACUCUAGCAGAGUACACCUCAUACUGUGACGACCCAGCUUGUUUAUAUCCUGGCCUCGCCCCACCUCCUGCGGUUGCCAGAAAGGCUUUGAAGGCUAGAGGUGGAGUUCGUCCAGUAAAAUCCAGCCCGGUCGGAGCCGCUGGUGAUGCCGCUGCUCAGGAGGCCACGGACUGGUUGGAGCUCUUAUGGACAUUUGCGGUCAGUCUGGUCGCUCCUGAGGAUGAGGAGGAGGAAGGUAUUCACCAGCUAACUGAAAACCUCACAUCCUUCCACUCUGAGGAGUUCUGAAGCAUCGGAGAAAGAAGAGGGGAAAAGAAAGAAGAGGAGAGGAGGAGAGGGAAACGGAAGAAAAAUGAGGAGAAAGGCGUUUGAUUGUGAAAGAGGAGCAUGGGAGAAAGAUGGAGGGAAGGGAAUGUAUAUCUCAGCACUGUUUCCAUUUGCCAUUCUAUCUUUCACUGGACCAUGAAAAAUUAAAAUGGUCAUGAAA